AAGGGUGGGGUGUGGGGGCGAGGCGGCGACGAGGGCGGCGACACUCUCCUCCCCUCGGCUCCACGGCGUGGGACGGCGCGAACGUGGUUUCGGAGGGAUGUCCGCCUUCUCUGAGGCGGCGCUGGAGAAGAAGCUGUCCGAGUUGAGCAACUCGCAGCAGAGCGUGCAGACCCUGUCCCUGUGGCUCAUCCACCAUCGCAAACACUCGCGGCCCAUCGUCACGGUGUGGGAGCGGGAGCUCCGCAAAGCCAAACCCAACAGGAAGCUUACUUUUCUCUACCUGGCCAAUGAUGUCAUUCAGAACAGCAAAAGGAAAGGACCAGAGUUCACCAAAGACUUUGCACCAGUCAUAGUGGAGGCAUUCAAGCAUGUUUCAAGUGAAACUGAUGAAAGUUGUAAGAAGCACCUUGGCAGAGUGUUGUCUAUUUGGGAAGAGCGAUCUGUGUAUGAAAACGAUGUGUUAGAACAACUUAAGCAUGCUCUAUAUGGAGAUAAGAAGACGAGGAAGCGGACUUAUGAACAAAUAAAGGUGGAUGAGAAUGAAAAUUGUUCCUCUUUAGGGUCCCCAAGUGAACCACCGCAGACUCUCGACCUUGUUAGAGCAUUACAAGAUUUAGAAAAUGCAGCCUCAGGUGAUGCAGCAGUCCAUCAAAGGAUAGCUUCUUUGCCUGUGGAAGUUCAAGAAGUGUCCCUGCUUGAGAAAAUAACAGAUAAAGAAUCUGGAGAAAGGCUUUCUAAAAUGGUAGAGGAUGCUUGUAUGUUGCUGGCAGACUAUAAUGGCAGACUGGCUGCAGAAAUAGAUGAUAGAAAGCAACUCACUCGAAUGUUAGCGGAUUUUCUUCGUUGUCAAAAGGAAGCCCUUGCAGAGAAAGAACAUAAAUUGGAAGUGCGUAUUGGACACGGCGUAUCGUCUAAGGAUGUCAUCACCAUUAGCGUAUUCUUCCGGCUAAAAAUAAACAUCAAACUCCAAAGCCUGUAUUGUCUCAUGUUUUUGAAAAUUGAAGAACGAAGUUUUAUUAUUCUAUUUAUACCUGCUUUCUCACUUUUGGCGUUGACUAUUACUGAUUUCAAAAAUACAAUUUAUAUUUGACAUGUAACUGUAGAAAAUAGGUCACUCCCACCCCCACCUCUGCCCCCAUUUGCUGGUGCAUUCUAGCCAGAUUUUCUAGUUAAUAGUCAUACACAGAGCUGAUGAUGGUAACUAACAUUUACCAUGUCUCGGGGGCACAGUUCUAGCCUCUUCACAUAAUCACCUCAUUCAGUCCUACGCAGCAGGGUACAUUAUCAUCCACACGCUAUAGCCAUGGAAAUAAGGUACAGGGAGAUAAAGUACCCACAUUUUUCACAAAGCAGUAUUGGAUUGUUUAGAGCAGUGCUUCCAGUGAAAGCAUCAGUGCUUUCACUCCAAAGCCAUGUUACAGAAAGAAGUAUACCCUCCUUUGGCAAAAUCCGAAGUCCUUUUUCUCCAACUCUUAAUAACUCUUGCUUUCAAAGUAAUCGCUGGCUUAAAAUAAAGUCUUCUAGGGAGUUUGAUUGCUGUUCAUUCAGUAUGGCUGAAUUUUAUAUUGAAGAAACCACCUCAAUUAUGAUCAGAAUGUUUUGUUUUGUUUUGUUUUUCUAUUUUUAAAUCUUUCUGGUUUUUUAAGACAGGGUUUCUCUGUGUAGCACUGGCUGUCCUGGAACUCACUCUGUAAACCAGACUGGCCUUGAACUCAGAGAUCUGUCUGCCUCUGCUUCCUGAGUUCUGGGAUUAAAGGUGUGUGCCACCAUGCCCAGCUCAUGAUUAUAUUUUUAAAGCUACUGUUUACAUAAACUAGGAAGUUACAGAGCAAGAUCUCACUGUAAAUCGUCAUUGAGAAGUAAGCUUUUUUUUUUUUUUUUUUUUUGGUCAUAUGAUGUGACAGUGACUUGAUAUUUAAACAUGCUUUGUAUUAGUAGGUGGCAUCACCCUGAAGUAGAGACUGAGGACUGAAAGCUUGUUUUUGUAUCAGCUACACUGUUUCUAAAAUUGGUUUAAGUGUUGGUGACACUAAUUAACAUUGUUAGAAAAUAGAACAAAAGUAUCAGUUUAAGAAAUGGAUGUUUGAGGCUGCAGAGAUGGCUCAACAGUUAAGAACACUGACCUUUCUUCCAGAGGUUCUGAGUUCAAUUCCCAGCAACCAUGUGGUGGCUCACAACCACCUAUAAUGAGAUCUGGUGCCCUCUUAUGGCCUGAAGGGACACAUGGCAACAAGCAGAACACUGUAUACAUAAUAAAUUUUUUUUUAAAAAAGUGGAUGUUUAAUAUCUUGAGGAAACCACUCUUAAACAUUUGAAAUCAAUGAAAACAUGAAGUGCUUCUAACAGUUUAGGUAAUCCCUUUCGAUUAACUUUGAUUAGUAAACAGAUAAUAGACUAUUAAUCUAGGCUAUUGCACUUGCCUGUAAUCCUAGUGCUAGUGAGGUUGAGGCAAAGAGUUCCUGAGAUUAAGGCCAGCUUGGACUAUAUAGCAAUAAUCUGACGGGGGUGUUGAAUGGAUGAAUGAAUGGAUGGAUGGAUUUGAUUUGGAACCUAGAACUCCCUGCCUCAGCCUUCCAAGUGCUGGCAUCGCAUGUGUCUGCACCAUAGGAUGACUUAAAGUGACACUUGGAUGUUUUGGGGGGAGGAAGACGAGAAAUUCUUCUAUAUCAACAAGAUCCCCAGUUGUUUAGUUUCCACAAACUGUAGUGUGGGGUUCCACAAUAUGGUCUGUGGAAGGAAACAUGCUUUUUUAAAGUCAGUGCUUUCUGCCUUUAGUCCCAGCACUCAGUAGGCAGAAGCUGGCAGAUCUCUGAGUUCUGAGUUCAAGGCCAGCCAGAGCUAUACAGAAACUCUAGAAAAGAGCCGAAGUAAGUGAGUAAACAAGCAAAUACAUAAUGUCAGUGCUUGCUAAUCUUUGUGGAUCCUGUGAUGUUCUGUAUUAUUUCCAAAUAAUUUUAUUGGAAUUUGUUUUGCAUAUGAUACAGAGAUGUAAUAGAUUGAAAGUGAUAAUUAAUGGUUCCUUUACUGAUUAAUAAUAGGACAGGUAUAGUGGCUCAUGUCUUACUUAGUCUUAGACCACUGUAGACUUGAAGCAGGAGAAGCAUGAGUUGGGGGCCAGCGUGGUCUUUGUAGGAAGUUCCAGACUGAAAGUGAUAAUUAAUGGUUCCUUUACUGAUUAAUAAUAGGACAGGUAUAGUGAGUGGCUCAUGUCUUAGUCUUAGACCACUGUAGACUGAAGCAGGAGAAGCAUGAGUUGGGGGCCAGCAUGGUCUUUGUAGGAAGUUCCAGACUGGCCUCUGCUGCAUAGUGAGAUUCUGUCCCAACCUUCUCCCCUAAAAUCCAAAAUUAAUGACUUUUUUACUAGUGUUGUGAAAUGCUAUUUCUGCCAAGCUUAAUUCCUGUAUGUGCAUACUGACCUGUAAGUUUUACAUUUAAUUGUACAGAUUGUGACUUCGAUUGCUUUCUAAUACCGUUCAUGUUUGCCAUUUCAACUAAUUAUGGUUAUUGUGUAUAUGAAAUUGUGUGUUUUUCUCGUUUUCAUACUUUGUAUUUUUAUUGAGAGUGCUCAUUCUUUUAUCAUGACAUGGGUCAUUUUUUCUCUGUCAUUUAUACCUAAGAUAAAGUUUAAUUUGCAAGGUAUAAAGGAAUUAAUCGCAGUAUGAUGAUAAGCGUAUGAGAUGUAGUUUCUCUCACAUCUCAGUUCACUGUAGUGAAAUUGGUGGACCGUGGUGACUGAGGAUGACCGACAGUGGAGAGAAGCCUGGACGAGGACUGCUCACAGAAAGACCUCAGUUCAGGGUGUAUAGUGGCUGGAAGUUUGGCUCAGUAAUGUGAACAAAGGAGAAAGAGCCGUUCUUUAUGUUGUGGGAGUGUCCUAGUUUGUCUGUGACUGCAGGAGUGAGCAGUGCUGAGGCUGGAAAGGGCACAGUGCCAGGUGGGCUGGAAUCCCCUGUCGCUUCCUGAUGGGACGGCCUGUGUGCGGAUGAACAGGUGUGCUGCCUGCAGAGGCAGUCCUUCGUUGCUCAGCACCACUACAGUUCGUUACUGUAGCAGCUGAGGGUUCUUAGGAGUGAGAGGAAAUGCAGAGUAGCUAGGAACCACGAUGAAAGAGGCCCUUGAAUUUCCAAAGCGCAAGGAGCAGUGGUGCUGACGACUCCUGGUUGCUGAGUGAACUGGAGAGUGAAGGUGGGCAGGACUUCGUUUAAACAGUAUGUUGGCAGUGCUGGUCUGAGCUGCCCAGGUAGUAGCAGUGGAGUGUUGGAUGGGUUCUUUCUUGUUCUCGUGUCCAGGCAGACUUCCCUGUUGCUGGGCUUAAAAGUGUGCACCACCAUGCCUAUGUCAGGUGAAGUUUUGUUAAUACUGUAAAGGUAGUGUGUGUUCAGAGUUUUGCACCCAUUGCUAAAGGCAUAGAUGCUACCUACAGUUUCAUUAUUCCUUAAUUUUUAACAAGAUUCAAAGGAUGAGAUUGUUUUACCUAUAAAUAUUUUUGUAUGCUGUCGUAUUUUGCACAUUUACUGUAAACAUUUCCAUAUAAUUAUCACCUCCCCUCCCCCCUUUAGUUUUUCGAAACAGGGUUUCUCUGUAAUGGUCCUGACUGUCCUGGAACUCACUUUGUAGACCAGGCUGGCCUCAAACUCACAGAGAUCUGCCUGCCUCUGUCUCCCAAGUGCUGGGAUUAAAGGCUUGCACUACCACCACCCCGCCCCUUUUGUUUUUUGGGAUGGCACCUUGAACUUUGCCCAUGCCAACCAAGCUCUCUGCCAUCUACUCUUAUCUUAAUUACCAAUCUGACUUUAAUAGCCAAGUUAUAGCCUGUUACAGAAUAGUAUUUAUCUACCUACUUUGUUUCUUUUUUUAUUUGUUUUGUUUUUCAGAGACAAAGUUUCUUUGUGUAGCCUUGGAUGUCAUAGAACUAGCUUUGUAGACAAGGCUGGCCUUGAAUUCAGAGAUCCGCCUGCCUCUGCCUCCUGAGUGCUGGGAUUAAAAGUAUGUGCCACCACUGCCUGUUUCUUUGAGUUUCUUACUGUUAAAUUAUUGGCUUAAAUAACAUUUUGGUGUGUCUAUUACAUUUGACUUCUUGCUGUUGGAAAAAUAUUGCUCUGAAUCUCUUUCAAGUUAAAUCUUUGCUUAUUUGUGAUAGUUUUAAGUUCUUAGGAGGAAAAAAAAUUAGGCCAGCAGGAGAUACAUGGUUUUUAUUUGUGUGCAUGCCACAGGACAAAAUCAACUGCUGUUUCUCAAGCACUAGACCUGGUGUUUUUGAGACAGGGUCUCUUAUUAGUCUUGUACUUGCGAAAUAGGCUAGGCUGGGUGGCUAAUGAGCCUUAGAGAUCUGUCUCCCUGUCUCGUUCCUCAGUGCUUGGAUUACAAGAGUGCCUCGCCACACGCAGCUUAUUUUUCAUGGGUUCUGGGAACCAGAUCCAAUUCUUCAUGCUUGCAAAGCCUCCCAUCUUGACAGCCUUUUGGGUAGUGUUGAAGUACAUUCCGUUGUAUGUCCUGCUUCUGGAGUUCUUCCUUUUGCAGAGCUGAUGCUCUUCACCCGGAAACAAGUGUUCCAUGCUUUCCUUUUACCUAGCCACCGGUGCCAUGAUCUGUGACCUUGACUACUGGGAUAGUGGCAUAUUUGUCCAAUUUGCAUUACAGCUUCUAGGUCCAUCCAUGCUGUAGCUUCUGUCAAAAACAAUCUAGUUCUUUCUAUUGGUCUUUAAUGAAUCCAUUUUCAAAUUUUCUAUUGUUUCAUUGAUUGAAUUGAAAAGCUAUUCUGAGCAGAGCCAGACAGAUAUCUGAGUUCAAGGUCAGUCUGAUCUACCAAAGAAAGAGAGAGGGGGUGGGGAGAAGGAGGAUGAAGAAGAAGAGAAGAAAGAAAAGUUAUUCUGGUCAACUAUGUCUAAAUUCUCUUCAGUAAAGAGUAGCUUUGUUGAGUAACUCUCCCCCCCACCCCCUCCACCCCCACAUUAGAGGCUGGAGUUUAUUGUGCACACACCUGGAUGUUGGUCCCAUUGGUUUUGAAGGCUUGUUCUUUUUGCAGGAAGACCUUAGUUGAAUUUUAGUUUUUCUUCUGAAUUACUUAGAGCUUUUCAUUAUAUUCUUAUUACAUACAUUAAAUGUUUAGAAUUGUUACUCCAUCUUGCUCAUCUUUUCUCCUGUUUUAACCAUUUCUGGAAUGCUUUUCCUCUAUAUUCUGUCACUGUUGGUGGUUUUGGUUUGUUUUGUUCUUCUAGAAUGCAGUCUUGGCCUGUCUAAUCUUAGUGGUAGUGCCUUGUCAUGGUCAUUUUGUUGUUGUUCAUUGAGAUAAGAUCUCCCUCUGUAGUACAGGCUGGCCUUAAACCCAAGAGCUUCCUGUCUCAGUCUUCCAAGUGCUGGAAUUACAGGCAUUUCCCACCAUGCCCAGAUUAAUAUUGAGUAGAAUUGGUUUUGUCAGAUUGUUUUAGGUCUUUGUUGAAGAAAGGGAUUUACUAUCACAGUUGCUUAACUAGUUUGCAAACUGUUACUUAGGAUGAGUGGAGAGGGAAUCAGAAGUCAGGAGAUUCAUUUUAAGACUGGAUUUCUGGUUUCACCUAGACCU